UCUCGUUCGAAGAUUUCGAUCUUUCAAAACCUCCCAAAUCGAAAGAUCAAAGAGCAGAUGGGGAAGGGGGCGAAGCAAGUGGCCGUCGUGUUCGGAGCCCUAGCCGUCGGGUGGCUCGCCAUCGAGCUGGCCUUCAAGCCGUUCCUCGACCGAGCCCGCGCCGCCAUGGACAAGUCCGACCCGGCUCGCGAUCCCGACGACGACGCCUCUCCGGCGAAGCCUCCCCAGGCCUCCACCGCCGACCUCUGAAUGGGAAAUUUCAGUUGAUGGGAAGAGC